AUGAUCCAAGUCCAUGAGCUGGAAGAGAUAAGGCACCUCGCCUAUGAGAGCUCUAAAAUUUAUAAGGAGAAGACCAAGGCCUACCAUGACAAGCGAAUCAUUGCAAGACGUUUCGAACCAAACGAUAAGGUUUUGCUCUUUAACUCCAGACUUAGGCUGUUCCCAGGCAAGCUGAAAUCUAGAUGGUCCAGACCCUUCACUGUCAAGGAAGUUCGACCUUACGGAGCUGUUGUGUUGCUGGACAGAAAGGGAGACGAGUUCGUCGUCAAUGGUCAGCGCAUUAAGCACUACCUUGCUGACUCCACUAUCGCAGAGGGCGAAGAAAUUCCCCUAAAGCGAUCCCCCAUCAGCCUGAUCGGCUGA